ACGCACGUCUGAGAUGUUUGCUUUUAUUUUGAAAGUGUUGUGAGGAAGCCGUGUCGUUUCCUCGCUCAACCUGACACCGCUCUGCAAAGACGAGCCCUCUUGGUUUCUUCAAACAUCACUAGGUCAAAGUGAGGUUAACUUGACUAUUAUGGACCCCAGCGGACCUCCGAAGGAAUGGCCGAAUGAGAAGUCGUCCAUGGGCCAGGCGCCCCCUCCGCCCUACCAGGACAAUCCGUACCCAGGAUACAACCAGCCUGGGCCGGGGUAUCCCCAGCCAGGGCCGGGGUACCCCCAGCCUGGAGUCGUCGGUUAUCCACAGGCUCCGGGGUCUGGACAUCCGCCAUACGGCCCCGGGUACGGACAGCAGCCGUACGUGGCGGGUCAAGGGUACCCGCCCCAGCAAGGCAUGGUCACGGUUCAGCCCACGGUGUUUGUGACGCGUGGGCCGCUGGAGAACCCUGUCAACGACCACCUGUGCUACUCCAUCUUCACGCUCAUCUGCUGCUGCCUGCCUCUUGGAAUCGCUGCCCUCGUCUACUCCAUUAAUACCCGAGAGGCAAACCACAGCGGGGAUCGGCAAACGGCCGAGCGGUGCAGUCGGACGGCCAGGACCCUGAACCACGUGUCCCUGGGACUCGGCAUCGGGGGCUUCGUCCUCUUGAUUAUCUACGCUGUGGUGGUUUUCAGCCUGGUGUAAAUGGUAAACGACUCCUAAUCCCAUUCGCCGUUUUCAAAUCAAUUCAGAUAAGACGAUUGAAGUCAACAAAGGAAAAAUGCGCGAAAACCAUUUGAUAUCUUUUGCCUUUUUUUGCAACUUGACCAAAUUCAAGUGAUUGCAACCAAUAUUUGAGCCAGGUGGAUUGCGAAAUCUUUACAAGCCAGCUUCGUUGGUGUUUAGUACAUGCAUGAUAAUUACCUCCACUAAACAUUUCUGAAUUGGAAUUUCUCCCUGAGAGAUGUUAAUCACUUCAAUAAAUUGGGGAUUAGAAAAAAAAAAAA